AUGAAUCAAAGUGAAAAUCAAUUUAAUUUUUUUAAUGAUGUAAAAGAAGGAAAUGUUGAAAUAAAGUUUAAUGAUAAAAACUUUUUAUAAAAUUAUGUCACAUUUAUAUUUUAGAAUUCCCAAUAUAGAGUAAAUAAAACUGUACAGGAACAAUUUACUUUACAACAUUUUAAAAGAUUCAUUACUGUAUAAUAUAUAUUAUUUUUAGGUAUUGUUCAAACAAUGUUAAUUUGGAUCUAAAAGGGGAAGAAAGAUUUAGAAAUUUAUGGGUAGAAGAUUGUCUAAUUUAGUAUAUAAUUCUUGUAGAGUUUACUGAUAAAAUAAAUGAUGCAAUGAA